AUGCUGUUCCCUCGGCUCGGGGUCGGUGUCUCGUCGUCCUCGAGAGGCCUGGUCCGACUCCAGUCAUCGUCUCUUGCCGAUGUCCGCCUCUCCGGCCGCCGAGUUGGCGGUGCGAUAACAAUCGGACGGCGUAACUUUGUCGUGGACGCCGUGGACUUCGAUAUCGGUGUCGACGCCUUCCGUAGGACCGCAUGGAGGCUAGAACGCCCAUUGCAUCUUAAAAAAUAUCACCAGCUUGGCGCCGUUAUUCCGUGGUUCCAACCCGAAGAGCCCGAAUCUCCUGUGGGGAGGUUCCGCCACAGAAAAAGCGCAUUCAAAGGCGAAUUCGGGAAAAAAGACGGGGCCGUGGUAUCGUACGAGUAUAUGGUUCCUCCCCCUCCGCCUAAAGAUUCCGGAAAGAAGUGGAUUCUGGAAGAGUUUCUCGACUGGCUCCCCACGCAGGGAGUCAGAUUUUCUAUCAACUUCGCGGUGUCCACCACCGAGCUUAUAAUGCAGAAAUACAUGGCCAAGCCAGAUCCCUGGGAUGGUAAACCGCAGUUUCAGACCUUCGACGCCGCCGCAGGUCUAAUAUUAGGCGCGGACAUGUUCAACAGGAGAGAUAAUAUGAAAUCUGAGUUAAUAACAAACCUCUACAUCGCCCAGACCAACAUUGAUGCCAUAUCUAUGGCCGCGUUUCGUAACUUACGCGUGCCUAGCCUUGUCGGUUCAACAGACAAAGGACAGAUAUACGGCCACAGCAUCUGGAUCGGGAUACAACCUGUUUACACGCCUUUCCACCGCGAUCCGAACCCAAAUUUGCUCUGUCAAAUUUUCGGCAACAAGCAAAUACGCAUAGCAGCACCGGGGGACGGGCUCGACUUAUACGAGUACAUAUCCCGAAGUAUGCCGAGCAGCAACUCGCGCUUCAGAACGGUAGAGAUGAUGGACGGCCCCGAACGUGAGCUGCUCCACAAGGCUGUCUGGGACAAGGAUAUCUCGAGCGGCCAGAUUAAAGCCGCCGACGUAACCCUGGAAGCGGGUGAUGCCUUGUUUAUUCCUCGAGGCUGGUGGCAUAGCGUCAGGAGCGAGGGUAGGGUCGGGAUGCUUAAUGGCUCGGUCAACUGGUGGUUUCGAUGA